AAAGUGACAUUGACAGAUAAAGUUUACUCAAGCUUCAAAAUAGAAAUCUAAUCCGCCCGCCGAUCUACUUACAAAAAUCCGUCUUUCUUCAAAAACAGAAGUUACCUGCUAGGUAUAUUCACUACACAUCAUGUCUCUACAAGAGCAAUUUGACAAAGCUGCCGAGGAUGUCAAGAAGCUAAAGACGUCUCCCGCUGACGCUGAUCUUCUGGAGAUCUACGGGUGGUUCAAGCAGGCUACCGUUGGGGAUGCUGAUCCUGCCAACAAGCCUGGGUUCCUAGACUUCAAGGGCAAGGCUAAGUUCGAGGCGUGGUCAAAGAACAAGGGCAAGUCCAAGGAAGAGGCCCAGAAGGCCUACAUCGCGAAGGUCGAGGCCCUCAUCGCCUCCAUCGGCCUCCAAUAAGCAAGAGAAAGGAGGCGAGGCAAUUAUGGCGUCGGUUUUGUGUGUGCUUUUGACCUUUAUAUUAAUGGAAAAAAAUUCUAGAAUCAUCUCAGUCUUAUCAAUCUGUCUUAAUGGCCACUUAAAAGACUGGUACACUUUUUACAAUGUACCUAGUAGGUAUAUGGUUACAAAUACACAUUUGUGACGUCUCACGGGUAAAGGUACCUUAUGGCGGUUGGCGCUUAUGAUUUUUUUAACGCCGCUCCAAUAUUAUUGCGGCGCUAUGCGACGUAAGCGCCAGCCGCCAUAAGGUACCUUUUGCUGUGGAACGUCACAUUUGUUUCAAUGUGUGUAAUACUGCACACAGAUUAGGACUGAGCUGUAAGACCUGUUUUUCUUUUAGUAUGAAGGUCAAAUAUAAUCAUCUUCUCAUCCUGUGUACGACUGACGUUUUCAUGCGAGACUGAACGUAAAAGUAAUACUUUAUUACUGCAUUUAAGCCGUAUAACCUCUUCCGUUACUCUUCCGCUCUCAUAAAUAUUAUUUAUAUUGUCGGUUUAGGCAUAAUUAGUUUAUGAUGUUCAACAUCACAAUAUAAGCAUCACAAUGUUGUGUUUAUGGUCUUCUCUCUGGUGCAAUGAUUUCAGGUUUGUUAUAAACUUUUAUAUUGCUUAUGAAAUAAAAUCAGUUUGAAACUGUA